AUGGAGACAAUGACGACAAGUUCACGUCGUCAAGGUUUUGUCUCACCUACGUAUGUUCGUAGUCCUGUAGCUCCAUCUUCUACUACUACUGCUACUCCAUCAUCUCGUUCACAGCGUGCAUCACGUGGUACUAGCCGAGUCAAUAUUACACCAACAGAAGACGCCUUUGCACAGUGUGGUAGUAAAGCCAUGGAUUGUCGAAAGACUGAGCGAAGACGACCACAAUGGUAUUGUAUGGGCUGUUUAGAAAAAGACGUGAUGCUGGAGAUUACAGGCUCUAGACCCAUUGGAAGUAAACAUCGAAGCUUUCUAGCCAAUCCAGCAACGUGUCAAGGUCCUCUUCAUUUACCUCAAGCUACGACUAAUGUACCGAACACAGUCAAGUUUUGUAUUGAAUGUGGCUAUGAAUUACCAUCACGCGUCAAGUUUUGUAUUGAGUGUGGGACAUCAGUGAGGCAACAAUUGAUGUCACCAACGAGUGCUGACGAUGGUGUUGGAGCUGGAGAAGUAGAUCGAGGUAAUCAAGGACUUGGAGACUUGACUGAAUCGAACCUUGUGGUUAUUGAUGAAAAGAGUGGAUCACCCACGGAACAGACGGACGGAUCAGAGGAUGACGCACUUGCAGAAGAAGAAGAAGAAGAAAAGAGUACGGCGGAAAAGAAGGUGGAUGUGGAGAAGAAGGUGGAUGCAGAGAUUUUGGAAGAGGAUGAUGAGGCCGCAGCGAAAGCGAAAGAGGUGGAGCAACUUGUGGCGCAAUUGCAGGCGGAGAACGACAAGCUACGCAAUUGCGUGGAGAAGUUUAAGCGCAAGAUAUUGGAAGCAGAACGUCGACGGCUGGAAAGAGAGGAAGAACACGCGCGUGCAGUGUUGGAGGCCACUAUGGCUGCUACGGAAGCACAAACAAACCAUCGUCGUGCAUCGGAACCGAUUCCUCCGAUUGCAUCAACCGUGACAGCGGAAAUGGUACCUGUAAGCAAUAACACGGGUGUCGCAGCUAAGGACCACCCAGACUACAUGAAGUUUUUCAAGUUAUUGAAAAUGGGACUGCCUGCUGAACAGGUGAAGAUGAAAAUGCAAGCGUCAGGCGUUGACCCGUCGAUUCUUGAUGAACCCGAUGGCAUUAUUGGAGGUGCUGCUUUAAGCUUAAACAAUGUCGCAGCUGCGUCUGUACUGUCGAGUGGCAACCUCGUGAAGAAUGACGAGCAGUACGCUAAGUUUUUCAAGCUAUUGAAGAUGGGGAUGCCAUCUGAGCAAGUCAAACUAAAAAUGAUCGCGAGUGGUCUGAAUCCAGACCUUCUUGACACGCCGGAUGCACCAAUGCCAGGGUCUGCGGCAUCACCAGUAGUGACAUCCAACCCGGUGAUGACGGUGAAGGAAGACCCAGCUUACGAGAAAUUUUUCAAGCUGAUAAAGAUGGGGAUGCCAGCCGAGCAAGUGAAAAUGAAAAUGAGUGCCGCAGGAGUAAACGCGGAUUUGCUUGACAUGCCUGAUGCACCGUCUCCUAACCAGAAGGCUGCCAGUAGCGGCGGCAGCCUACUUGCUGGUCUUCCUCCUCCAGCGGAGGCAGUGAAGGUAGAUUCCUUGGCAUUAAAAGCAAGCGCAAAGCUAGAUAAAACGGCAGCACCUAAGCAAAGUGAGGAACCUCAGCUUCCGAAGAAGGAAACUGUAAAACCGAACGUCGAACUACGCCCGCUGUUUUGGACGCGCGUGCCUGUCAAUGUGGUCAGUAGCACCGUGUGGAUGAAGCUGAAUGACUCGCAUGCCGAGCUGGACGUGGAGGAGAUGGAAUGGAUGUUUCGCAAGAACCCGGUAGAUGCAUCAAAAAAGCAGGAUGAAAAGAAGAAAGAGUCUGAAAAGGUACCAGUCCAGCCAAAAGAAGUACUCCUUUUUGAUCCGAAAAGGCAGCAAAACGUGUCAAUCGCGAUUGCUCGAUUCAAGAUGUCAUCUGAGGACAUCAAAAACGCAAUCUAUGCUUUAGAUGGUCAAAAGCUUGGGUCCGAGGUACUGAAUGUACUAAUUUCCAUUUCGCCUACGCUAGAAGAGAUUGACAUGCUUAAGAACUAUGACGGGGAUAAAAAGUUGCUUGGAAAUGUGGAAAGAUUUUUUCUUGAGCUCUUGACCAUUCCGCGCUACACUCAGCGAAUCAAGUGCUUUCGAUACAAGUUGCAGUUUGAAAGUCGUAUAUUGGAAACACAGGCGCAAAUGGAUACUCUGGUUGCUGCCACUGAUCAAGUGGCCGAGAGCGAUAAGUUUCGCCGUGUUUUGGAGCAUAUUUUAGCGAUCGGUAACUACUUAAAUGGUAGCACGCCUCGAGGUGGCGCUUACGGCUUUAAGCUGGAUACCCUCAUGAAGCUGCACACACUGAAGUCGGUUGACCCUCGAGUCACGCUGAUGCACUUCUUGUUGCGUCAGCUGGAAGAGAAGGCCCCGGACGUCAUUACGUUUGCCGGGGAAGUUCCACACAUUGCGGAGGCCAAGAGGCUGUCGCUUGAUCAGUUGCGUGCGGAUUUGUCCACUUACAACACCGAACUAGCGAUGUUGAAGGGUCAAGUGCGUGCUUCUAAGAAUGACCACAUUGAGGGUGACAAGUUUUAUGAGGUGAUGACGCCGUUUGCAAAGGACGCAGGAGAGGUGUUGGAGGAACUGGGUCGUGAUUUUGAUGGCCUGAAGACGUCUUAUCACGAGCUUGUGAGCUCUUUUGGUGAAGACCCGAGGAAAGUUGGUCCUACGGAAUUCUUCACUAUUCUGGACGAAUUUGUGACCGAAUUCAAGAAAGCCUACCGCCAGAACCAAACGAAGGAAUAUCAGGCUAUCUACGAAGAGGCUGCAGCUGCGCGCAGUGCUGCUGAGGCUGAAAAGGCGGAGCGAUUAAAACGGGAAGCUGAGGAACGGCAACGGCAAGAAGAGGAGCGACAGGAAAACUCCCGGGAGACGAAGGAAAUAUAUGCAGAUAUCGUAUCUGUUAUUACUAGUUGGGCUGGGAAGCAUUCACCUGGCAAUGAGGAUGCAGUAAUGGAGCAGUUUAAGGUCACAUCACGAAAAUUUGGUAUGGACGAAUUGACAGCUGAUGAGUUUUGUGACCUGGUGCGACAGUGUGUUGGGUCGAAAUGCGCAAGCAAGAUAAUCCCAAACAGUGCCAAACUAUUGUCUGACGAUAGGAAGCAGAAUGCUUUGCUGGAGGCAUUUGCACGCUUUAAAGAGCAUCUGAAGAAAGAAAAAGAGUCGAAGAAGCAACAGCGCAACUCGUUUGUGUCUCCAUUGUCUGAAGGACGCAAGAGAGCAGGGUCCUCUUCGGCAGGUCGUAGGCGCAAUAAGACGCCCCUCCCAAUCAAAGAUAUCGAGCCUGUUGUCGGCGAAGAAGCACAGCUGCUGCACAAGUCUAUUUUAGAAGCAGUGUUGGCGGCGUUUGGUGGCGAUGCAAAGAGGAUGAAGACAUUUACGUCACAUACUCGAAAAUACGGCAACGAACAGAUCACAGCACACGAGUUUUACCAAUAUUUAGUCGAUUCCUUCGAUCCGGACUUUGUCGGGCGUCUCGUCCCGGACCUUGCGCGUCUGUUACAAGAUUCGGAGAAACGACACGCACUAAUUCGUGCGCUGUGCGAAAGUGCACCGGGUUGGGCAAAGUUUGCCGGUUUAUAG